CACUUGACAAGCUGUCAUUUAAGUGCUCUGGUUCACUUUGGUUUUUUGUUUUAUAUCUUGUUGAAUUUUUUAGACUACGGUCAAUAAUUAAACGGUUAAAAAUCUACUAAUAGAAACUAAUGGAAAUAACUGCAUAACUAACUAUUAUGUUACUUUGAAUUUUAAGCAGUGUUGUAUUAAUAAUGUCGACCGAAACAUCUAAAUCAAAAGCAGACAGGUUAUGUGGCUUAUGUGAUGAAAAUCUCAGCAAAUACUGUUGCCCACGCUGUGAAGUAUUCUAUUGCUCCCUUGACUGCUAUAAAUCUGAGAGACAUGCUGCAUGCUCAGAGAAUUUCUACAGAGAGUGUGUGAAUGAAGAACUGGCCUCUUAUCAAGUUGACGAUGAUUCCAAAAAGAAAAUGAUUGAUAUACUCAAAAGGAUGCAUACUGAAAAUGUAGAUGAUGAUGUUGAAAUAGAAGACCCAGAAAAUAUACCAGAGAAUGUAGAAAGUAUAGACUCAGAUGAUGAUUCAGAUGUAGACUUGCACACAAGAAUCAAAGAUCUCAAUCUGGAUGAUCCCAAUGUUUUGUGGAAUGCAUUAACAGAAGAUGAAAGGAAUGAAUUUGAGGCCAUGCUUAGUGGAGGCGAUGUUGGUACCAUUAUACCUCAAUGGGAACCAUGGUGGACAUACAGAAAGGAGAAGAAACUUCUAGAGGAAAUUAAAGAGACAAAUGCAGAAAAUGGACCAUUGACUCUAUGUCCUGAUAUUAAAUCUGUGCCAAUGUUUAGUUCUCUUACCAGUAAAAAGCCAUCAGAAGCCAUUAGGUUCAACAUGGCUAAUGUGCUGGCGUCAUAUGCUUUCACUGCAAGAUAUUUCAAUGGAGAAAUAGAAGCACUGGAAGCUGCAUCUUAUUUACUUGAUAUUUCUACAAAUUUGAACUCCAAUGCCAACUUUGAAGAUGCUGAUACAGCUGUUGAGUCUGUUGUUCAAAGGUGCCUACAGAGUGAGUACAUACAGACAGAUAAAGAUAGUCUCGAUGUUAUGAAGAAUGAUGUAUACCUUAUACUACAAGGACCGUCAGAUGGCAAUAACCUACAUUACAGCAAAGCAGCUUUUUCACACCUCAUACAAAUAUUUUCAGACACCAAAUCUAAGUGUAAUAAGUCAAAAAGUAAAAUGAAUAAAAAUAAUGGGGAAUUUUGUAAGAAAUUUCCAGAACAUAGCAACACUCAUUUGCCUGAAUUAGAUAUAAGCAAAAUAAAAAAAGUAAUAAAGAAACUAGAAUACUAUUUAUCGUUUUUAAACAGUUUUGAUAAUAAAGAUAAUUAA